GGACGACCAAAGGAUUUCGGUCAUACCGAAUUCCGAGGAGAAGUAUAUUUCAGUGACGAAAUACGUAACCAAUUACUUUUCCAUACGGUUCGUCGACACCUUCCGGUUCAUGGCCUCCUCCCUGUCCACCUUGGCCGGUAACCUAAUGACGCCUGAUUUCGUUAAAUUUCGGGAAACGGCCAAGGUGUUCCGUCCGGAAGACAUGUUGUUGGUGACGCGUAAGGGCGUAUACCCCUACGAGUACACUGAUAGUUGGAUUAAAUUGGACGAAACGGAACUACCGUCUCAUGACGCUUUCUAUAGUCAGUUAAGUGAGUCGAAUAUCGAUGAUGAUGACUAUAGACAUGCCACGGAGGUGUGGAACCGUUUCGGCUGCUCAACCCUCGGUGAGUACAGCGACCUAUACCUUAAGAUCGACGUGUUGUUGUUAGUUGAUGUGUUUGAGAACUUCCGCGACAUCUGUAUUUCAACAUACAAUUUGGACCCGGCACACUAUUACACCGCGCCUGGUUUUAGCUUCGAUUGUAUGUUGAAAUACACCAGGAUGAAGCUGGAGCUCUUGAACGACUACGACAUGCUACUGAUGGUGGAACAGGGCAUUCGUGGUGGGCUAGUGCAGGCCGUCAAGCACUAUGCAAAGGCCAACAAUUCUAAGACACCCGAUUACGAUCCGUCAAAACCAGAAUCAUGGAUCGUGUACCAAGACUGCAAUAACCUUUACGGGUGGGCUAUGAGUCAGCCCAUGCCGUACGGUGGCUUCCGGUGGUAUAAAGGAGCAGACCCUCUGGCUGACCUCCAAUCGUUGUCGGACACUGGUAAUACGGGGCGUAUAUAUGAAGUGGACGUAUCGUAUCCACAAGAGCUGCAUGACGAGCACAACGACUUGCCGUUCUUGCCUGUCAACGAUGUACCGCCGGGUUCCAAAGAGACCAAACUCAUGGCCACUUUGAAACCCAAACAACGGUACGUCGUACACUAUGUCAACUUAAAACAGGCAAUCGCACACGGACUGCAAGUCGAUAAAGUGCACCGCGUUUUAGAGUUUCAACAAAGUGCUUGGUUGAAACCAUACAUUGAGUUGAACACUGAAAUGCGGAAACAGGCGGCAAAUGCUUUUGAAAUAGCAUUUUUCAAACUAAUGAAUAAUGCCGUCUUUGGGAAAACCAUGGAGAACAUGCAAAAGCGUACCCGCAUUGAGCUAAUAUCCAGUUCCAAACGUCUAAGCAAGCUCGUAAACCAACCAACCUUCAACGACUGUAUCAAAUACGGUGAAAGGUUGUGCGCUGUCAUAAUGGACACAAAGAUUGUCCAGUUUAUUAAACCAAUAUACGUCGGUUUAGCAGUGCUUGACAUUAGCAAGACGCUAAUGUACAAGUACUUCUAUGACGUAUUGAAACCGCAUUAUGGCGACGCAAUCGAAUUGGUUUACAUGGAUACUGACUCCUUCAUAUACCUGCUCAGAGUCGGCGACUUCUAUCAGGAUUUAGCUGAUAGCCCCGAUUUACUGGUGCACGUGGACGCAUCUAGCCUGCCCAAGGAUCACUCUUGCUACUCGACCGAUAGAAAGAAGAUGCCCGGCCUGUUUUCAGACGAAACCGGUGGCCUUACCCUCUUUGAGAUCGCUGCACUUCGAUCAAAGUGCUACGCAUAUGACAUGGAAGGCAGCGAACUAAUCAAAUCUAAGGGGAUCCGCGGGCACGUCGUCCGGAACCAUCUGUCUUUGGACGAUUACAAACGAUGUUUGUUCGAAGACGAUGGCGAUGGCGACGAUGUGUCAAAACGAGCAUUGGCUGGAGAGAAUGCCCGUGUGGUCAUCGGAGCUGUACGCGAUGGUGAGACUCUACCGACAUUAUCGCUGCCAUACACUCCGUACCGACAGAACGUGUCAAUCCGUUCGUUCGAGCACGAAGUACGCACUUUACGUACAACCAAGUUGGCGCUUAACCGUUUCGACGAUAAGCGCUAUACGCUCGAAAACAGAAUCGACACGUUGGCUCACGGGCAUUAUGCUAUACCACCACCACCACCACCACCACUACAGGGAGGUUAAUACAAAUAUAGUAGUAUUUAAGUGAUUCUCGUUGGAAAAAAAUAUUGUUAAAUAAUUUGUAAAAAUAUGUGUACUAGUAUAAAUAGUUUUAAGAUUU